UGCCGCGUGCAUUGCGUGCUGCUUCCUCGUCAGCCUUUUGCGGGCCGAUGUCCAUGCGGUUGAUUCAACAGGAAUGCCAAAGUUUGGUGAAGAUUUGAAUAAUGUGACGGUACCAGUUGGUCGAGAAGCUGUAUUCAUAUGCAACGUCGAAGGACUGGCAACUUACAAGGUUGCUUGGCUGAGAGUGGACACCCAGACCAUAUUGACUAUUCAUAGUCACGUGAUCACAAAGAACCAUCGGAUCGCGGUGACACACAGUGAUCAUCGAAUAUGGUAUCUUCAUAUCCGAGAAGUUAGAGAAGCUGACAGGGGAUGGUAUAUGUGCCAAAUYAACACAGACCCAAUGAAGAGUCAACAGGGUUACUUGCAAGUUGUUGUACCUCCGGAUAUAUURGACUACCCAACCAGCACCGAUAUAGCGGUGAGGGAAGGAGGUAAUGUUUCGAUGCAAUGUGCUGCCUCCGGAUUUCCUACUCCCAGUAUCACUUGGAAAAAAGAAGGUGGCCUUUCGUUUUCCUUAAGCCCCAACACUGAUGUGUCCACAGUGAACGGGCCAUGGUUAAACGUAUCAAAAGUUAACCGCUUACACAUGGGCGCAUAUUUGUGCAUAGCGUCUAACGGGAUUCCACCAUCAGUUAGCAAACGUAUCAUGCUCAUCAUACAAUUCCCUCCCAUGAUAUGGAUACAAAAUCAGCUCGUCGGUGCACAAGAAGGUCAAUCGGUCACCUUGGAAUGUACGUCCGAAGCGUAUCCCAAAUCAAUCGAUUACUGGACAAAAGAUAAAACGACCAUCAUAUCAAACGGAACCAAAUAUCACACAGAUCUGAAGGAUAACGCGUACAAAACGUACAUGAAACUGACGAUAAUAUCGGUAACGUUGUCCGAUUACGGCACGUACCAGUGUGUUUCGAAAAACUCAUUGGGCGACACAGACGGCACUAUUAAGCUUUACGCCGUACCUAAGCCGACGACUACRACAACAACGACCACCACUACCACCACUGUGUCUACUACGAGCACUACUACCACGACUACAGUGCCCACUUCGGUGGCCGGCGGACGGAGGACGACUGAGAUACCUAAAAAGUUAUCGAAAUUCGGCGGAAAAGAUAAAAUAUGCUGA